UAUCAAGAUCGAAAACGGAACAACAUCAUAAACUCAAGAUGGCCGACAAGAGCCUGUAUUUCCUGUCGAAGAAUAACAAACUUUAUUCGUGCUGACUUCAACUGCGUCCGUGGACACUGCAUGCUGCUCUGUAUAUAAAAUCUGCUAUUUUCUACCUGCAAGCUCAAGUUCUUACCGUGUUGGAUAUCGUUGGUCAAAAGUUGAGCUUCCAGGACCAGUCAAGGCUGAGCGGUCUCGGUACUGCCUCUAGAACUUCUCGCAACUAAAGCAAGUGUGAACUUUGAAGGUCAACGGCAGGUCUUCCAGGAUGGAUCUUCCAGGGGACAUACCAGUGACCUUGGUGAUCAAAGCUCCUAGCCAGAGGAUGGAUGAUCAAGUAGUUGACUGUGUACUCAGCUGGACUGUGCGCAAACUGAAGGAACAUUUGGAGACUGUGUACCCAAGCAGACCAAAAUACAAUGAACAACGUUUGAUUUACUCAGGGCGCUUGCUCCAAGAUCAGCUGACUCUGAAGGAUAUUCUAAGACAGUAUGACAGCUCCUCGACGUCGAACCGGUAUACUCUCCAUCUUGUUUGUUCUUCAUCAAACGACUCUUCCCUUACAGCCAAAUCUUCUGACAAUGUGAAAACAUCUGUAAAGAACCCAGUCCCCUCAGUACCCUCUCCUCAGCCAGAGACUGUUAGCAGUACCACUUCUCCAGUAGCCCCCACUGAUGUCCCGACGAGUAUUCCCCCAACAGAGACAGGCACGGAUGGACUGAGAUACAGAGGCACACCCGAGGCUAGUGGGAACACUCAGCCGAAUUUUGCAGCAUACCCUGGAAUGUACACGUAUCUUGGUUUCCACCCCGGUGCUUACAACCCGUACAUGUCCGCCGCCAGUGCCUUCAGUCCCGCGACAGCCGGCGCCGAAGGCUACACGUACAACCCCGAGCAGUACAUGGCUAUGAUGCAGCAGAUGUACUCUCAGUACAUGAUGCAAUACAUGCAGUACUAUCAGAAUGUAUACAGUCCUGAUCAAGCUUCAGCUCUGGCGGCCAAUGCUUUCAUGCAACAGGGGUAUCCUUCCCCUUGGCUCCAGCAGCCUCAACAGCCACAGCCGGCUGCUCCCGCAGGAGCCCAAGCCCCGAACGCUGCUGGGGAUGGUGCUGCCAACAACCGAGGUGCGGGUGCCGGGCGCCAGAAUGUGCGAAUGAAUGCCCAGGGAGGCAUGGAGGAGGACGAGGAUGAGGAUGGGGAGCCACGCGACUGGCUGCACCACACCUACUUCAUCAUGCGAUUUCUCACCUUCAUGGGGAUCCUUUUCUUCUAUUCCAACCUCAGCCGAUUCCUCGUCGUUUUCUCAGGCUCUUUCGCCAUCUACUUUCUCCAAAAACUUCGAAAAUACAUGCAACGCAGAGACAGGGAGCAACAGCAGCAACAACAACAACAACAGCAACAACAACAGCAACAAGAGGAGCCUCCUCAAGAAGAACAGCAAGAAGAUGCAGUGAAUGUCCAAGCCGAAAACAAUGGGAAUGGCGGUGAAGGUGAUCAGUCCGCACCAGCUCAAAACACAGAAGAGCCAGGUCAGGCCCCAGCUAAUGGACAGGUGGAAGAAGAAGAAGGCGGUCGUGUAUCUCGCAUGUUUUUGUUUGCCUGCAACACGGUGCAAGCUUUCUUCACUUCUUUGCUGCCAACCCCUCCGGAACUUCUGGAUCCAAACUAAACUUGAUUUGUGGAGGGGAUGUCUUCCGAACUUGUGAUGUGAUACCGAGACUUGAAUGGACUUUGGUGUAUAUUCCUAGACAAGUUAUUGUCUCAACUGGACUGGAAACUAUCUGAGGAUCAUGCAGAGUGAAGGAUUAUUUUACUAUUUCGGUGCAAUACGUUUUUGGUCUAACUGUGGCCAGAGACAUUAUAACAAGCCAGCAGGACGCGCAUGUAUCUUGACAUUGUGGUUAAACUUAUGGACCUUGAACACUGCUGCAUAGUUAGGUAGUUUUGUGGCUUUUCUGCUAUCAGAAUCGUGUUCUUCUGUAGUCUUUCAGUAGCUGUACAGAAGUGAAUUGUGUCCUUUGUUGUGAUUGUUGAACUAGAAACAUUUUGUUACUUGAAAUCCCUUUAGAUAACAUGUACACAUUACCAUGUAAUCUCACCUUGUGUGUAUGAAAUAUUUUUGCGAAAAUGCACUUCUAUUUGCUCAGUAUUUGAAUGUUUGCCAUAAGUUUCCUUUGUCACCAGUGAUUUGAUCCUGCAAAUGAUAAUCCGAUAUAAUUAAAUUUGAAGCAAUAUUUAAUCAGGAGUUUGGAUAGAACCGUAAGCUACCUUGGUUAGAUUAUGAAGAAAUAGAACUAUCUAAGAAAUGUUAUAAGGUGUAGUCAUACACUUCCUCUCUUGUGUGCAGGGAAGUCUCAUUGCUUUACUGUCCUCUGUUCCAAAGGUUUGUGUUUGUUGAGUCAGUUGUCACCCUACCUUUUACUUUUAGUCAGAAGGCGUUUGCUAUGGUGGAAUGUCUUUAAAAAAGUUCUUAUUUAUAGUCGUGUAUUACUCCCAAUGGGCUCAUACAGCUGCCCGGCAGCUACUUUAUAAUUUUACUCUUGACUCUUGGCCAACCUGUACAUUAUAAUAAUUUAUGGGGGGGCAUUCAGUACAUCAGCCUGAUAAUUGAUUCAGCCCGCAGAUAAUUUUGACUUCGGACGCAAGUAAUUUGUGACUGCUUCGUGACCUCACGGAUAGUCUGACAAAAAGUUAAUAAAGAAGUUAUCUAAAUUUGAUAAAACCAUAUUGUGGCAUAUAAAAAUGUUCAGAAUAAAAAAUACUUUUCCAUGACACCAGAAAAAAAGCGUUGAAAUGUAUGUGGUAAAGAAAAAAA